AAUUAACAACAUUAAUUAUUACCAUUCGUCUCAUUAAUCAACGAAAAUUUUAUACGGUUUUUCAUUCAUUUGUUAAACAAAAUUGUGCAUUUACUAAAUAAAAAAUGGUGAAAUUAAUCCUGGCUAUUUGUCUGUUGUCGGUUUUUGGUGGAGUGCUUUGUGUACAAGCAGAAGACGAGAUUAAUCUGCAGGAGGUUGUUGACAAAUUACCAGAAGAUCUGGUCGGAAAAUUGAACAUUUCAGCACUUCCUUCGACAGAGGAAGCGGAAAAACUGGCCAGAGAAAAAUGCAGAAAGGAAAGUGGAAGCGACGAUGCUUACAAUAAAGCUUUUGCCGCCAAAGAUGAGCUAAAGACUUGUUUUACAUCUUUGCUGAAUAUGGAGGAGCUUAAACAGGAGAUGGAAAAGGCUAAACCGACAGGAGAUUUAGAUUUAGUUUUUAAAAAAUACUGCCAAUUGACACCCGUCCUUAAACAAUGUGUCUUCAAUUUCACAUUAUCGAUAGAACCAUGCCUGGACGAACAGGAAAAGGACCAUAAAAGGACAUUUCAAAACGUAACAGACAGCUUGGCUGAUUUUAUCUGUUUCAAGGAAGGGGAUCGAAUUGCCUUAUUCAUUGCCGAAGGUGGUCCUGAAUGUUUGACAUCCAAACAAGAAGAAAUCAAGAAAUGUGUUAAUACCACAAUGUCAAAAUAUAUUAACUCGGAUGUUUUCAAUUCAGCAUCUUUGAUAGAUAAUUUGCCUAAAUUGACUCUUGAUGCCGAGCAAUGCCAAGAUAUUGAUAAUCUCCAAAAUUGUGUGGUGACUGAAUUGGAGAAAUGUGAGGAGCCAACUCCGGCUAAUAUUGUGGAGUCUUUGUUCAAAUUCAUUCGUAACCAGACUCCUUGUGCUACUGUACCGCAAUCUGCACAUUCUACAGAUCUGCAAACGACAGCCGGUGCUUCCCAACAGAUGACUUUCACCAUAAUCACGACAAUUGUCCUGGGUGUUUCUUCAUAUUUGAUUUGAGACAUCGAUUUUGGAUAGAUGUUGUUUAAAUGAUGCUUAAAAUAUGAACAAGUCUUCGAUAAUUAUAAGGUAAGCCAUAACUGAACAAAAACAUUGUCAGAAAGGAAAAGUAAUUGUUGGGUGUAAAAGGUAUUAUAAAUAGGUAAUUCUAUGCAUAUCAUUUUAAAGCAUUAAUGGACUAUAUUUUUUUAUAAUUGUAGACAAGGGUAA